AUGGCUACGCCAUUCCUAAUCUCCUACCCCUCCACCCCCACCUCGGGUCUUUCACUCAAGCAGAUCGCCUACUUCGGGCGGGUGCUGGUGAAGGUCUCCGAUCUCGCCGAAGCAGAGAAGUUCCUACGUGAACACUUCCGUCACCUCGAUGUCUACGUAGACGCUACUGCCGUUUCCUCUACUGGCGAUCUUGUCGAUAUUCUCAACGCUGGUGCCGCUAAGAUCUUCAUCACCCUCGAGCAAUUGACCGCGCUCUCCCAAGAACAGUCCGUUCCUUCAUCACGAUUGGUGGUCUACGCCCCCUCCAACGAUAAAUUGGACUCUUUCCAGCAAUGGAUCGCUGCCAAUGCCUCCGAGCGCAAUGAUGCCAGCGUCUGCACCGAGCCUGCCGCCGCGACCACCGCCGCCACAAAAUUGAACAUCAGCUCCGAUUCCCCCCGUCUCUACGUCUCCUACAAUGAUCAGGCUGUUGCCGAGGAUUCUGUGAACCAGAUCACUCAGCAGGGCGCCAUUGCCAUCAUCCCCUCGCAGACGUUGACCGUCGAGCGGGAUGCGGCGGGUCAGCUUUCUGCCGCCAAGCUUCUGGUUUCGCGCGCUGUCACAGACCAGUCCAAUGGUCUGUAUGCCACAUCAGUUACCGAUGAGCGGGGCGCUUGUCUUGGUUUUGUCUGGAGCAGUGACGAGAGCAUUGCUGAGGCCCUUCGGACCGGCACCGGUGUCUACCAGAGCCGCAAGCGUGGACUUUGGUACAAGGGCCAAUCGAGCGGUGAUGUGCAAGAAUUGAUCCGCUUGGGCUAUGACUGCGAUGCCGACUGCUUGGUCUUUGUUGUGAAGCAGAUCGGGCGAGGCUUCUGCCACCUGGGUACCGAAACUUGCUUUGGCCCAGCUACCGGUCUGUCGCGUCUUCAGAAGACCCUCCUGGAGCGCAAGGCCGAUGCCCCUGCCGGCUCGUACACCGCUCGCCUGUUCAAUGAACCCAAGCUUGUCUCGGCCAAGAUUAUGGAGGAGGCGGAGGAACUCUGCCAGGCAACAACCAAGGAGGACAUCGCCUUUGAGGCGGCUGACCUCCUGUACUUUGCCCUGACUAAGUGUACCGCCGCUGGUGUCACUCUCGAAGACAUUGAGCGUAACCUAGACCUCAAGAGCUUGAAGGUGAAGCGGAGAAAGGGUGACGCCAAGGGACCCUGGGCCGAGAAGGCCGGUCUGGCUGCUCCCAAGGCCGCGCCUGCUCCUGCCCCUACCCCUGCUCCCGCUCCCGUGGAAGAUCGCUCGCGGAUCGAGAUGAAGCGUGUUAUCACCGCGUCGACCCCCGCCGCCGAGGUCAGAGAGUACCUCAACCGCCCCGCCCAGAAGUCCAAUGACGCCAUUGUUGCCCUUGUGAAGCCUAUCGUCCAGGAUGUUCGUGAGAACGGUGACGCUGGCGUGCUCAAGUACACCCACAAGUUUGAGAAGGCCACAUCGCUGACCUCUCCUGUUAUUCACGCUCCAUUCGCCCCCGAACUCAUGAAGCUCAGCCCCGAUGUCCAGGAGGCCCUUGAUAUUUCCAUUGGCAACAUUGAACGCUUCCACUCUGCGCAGAAGAGCAGCAACGAUGCUCUCAGUAUGGAGACUAUGCCUGGUGUGGUCUGCUCUCGCUUCUCUCGCCCCAUUGAGCGCGUUGGUCUGUACAUUCCCGGUGGUACCGCUGUCCUACCCUCGACCGCUAUGAUGCUGGGUGUGCCCGCCAUGGUGGCGGGUUGUCAGAAGAUUAUCCUAGCCUCGCCUCCCCGUGCCGAUGGCAGCAUCUCCCCGGAGAUCGUCUACGUUGCGCACAAGGUUGGUGCGGAGAGCAUCGUCCUGGCUGGUGGUGCUCAGGCCGUGGCCGCCAUGGCCUACGGUACCGAGAGCAUCAGCAAGGUUGACAAGAUCCUGGGUCCCGGUAACCAGUUUGUGACCGCCGCCAAGAUGCUUGUGUCCAACGACACUUCCGCCGGUGUUAGCAUUGAUAUGCCCGCUGGUCCCAGUGAGGUUCUUGUCAUUGCUGACUCGACUGCCAACCCAGCCUUUGUCGCCUCUGACUUGCUCAGCCAGGCCGAGCACGGUGUUGAUUCCCAGGUCAUUCUCAUUGCCAUUGACCUGAAUGAGGAGCAGCUGCAAGCUAUUGAGGACGAAGUCGAUGCACAGGCCCGCGCUCUGCCUCGCAUGGACAUCGUCCGCGGCUCCUUAGCCCACUCCUUCACCCUUGUAGUCAAGGAUGUGAACGAGGCCAUGGCUCUGAGCAACGAUUACGCUCCUGAGCACUUGAUCUUGCAGGUUGAUGGUGCCGAGGCUCUUGUUGAGCAGGUUCAGAACGCCGGUAGUGUCUUCAUUGGCCCCUGGACCCCCGAAAGUGUCGGCGACUACUCCGCCGGUGUUAACCACUCCCUGCCUACCUACGGUUACGCUAAGCAGUACUCCGGUGUCAACCUUGGUUCUUUCCUGAAGCACAUCACCAGCUCCAACCUGACCGCUGACGGUCUGUUGUCUCUGGCGAAGACUGUCGAGACUCUGGCGGCUGUCGAGGGACUGGAUGCGCACAAGCGGGCUGUCAGUAUUCGUGUUGCACAGAUGAAGAAGGACCGCUCGUGA